GGGUGGAAAUAGCAGCACCCAAGAGCAGCAUCCUCGUGUUGGACCUGGAUCUGGAGACUUGGAGGGGGCUGCGAUGGAGUCGGAGUGGGACCCGCUGAGAGCGCUGGGGGCGGUGACAGCCGUGUGCCUGCUGCUGUGGGCGGCUUGGGGGGUGGGCUGCACAGUCUACGUGUACCUGCUGCCCCAGGUACGCCGGGGUGCCCCUUGGCUCAGGGCGCACGGAGCCUGGGCAGUGGUGACGGGAGCCACCAGUGGUAUCGGCAGGGCCUAUGCACAUGAGCUCGCCCGAAGAGGUCUGAACAUCGUUCUCAUCAGUCGAAACCUGAGCAAGCUGAAGCUUGAGGCGGAGGAGAUAGAGCGGCUUCAUGGCAGGGUCACUAGAGUCAUCCAGGCAGACUUCACCGGUGGCUUGGAGAUCUACGAGGCCAUUGAGACAGGACUGAAGGACCUGGAGAUUGGAGUCCUGGUGAACAAUGUGGGCAUGCUCUACACAAAAAAGCCAAGUAAACUGCUCGACUGUGAGAACGUCGCCAAAAGACUCUCGGAUCUUAUAAACUGCAACAUCAUGUCCGUGGCCCAGAUGACCGCAAUCGUCCUGCCCCAGAUGGUCUCCAGGAGCAAAGGCAUCAUCAUCAACGUCUCUUCAAUUCUUGGCAAGAAACCCAAUCCACUCUUCUCAGCGUACUCAGCUUCUAAGGCCUUUGUGCGGAGCUUCUCCCAGGCAGUGGGCGCGGAGUAUUUCGCUGAGGGAGUCCUCGUUCAGACAGUGAACCCCUGCCUGGUCGAAUCAAAUAUGACCGCUGGCACGAAAUAUCAGAUGGCUGUAAUGAAUUCUGAAGAUUACGCUCGCCAGGCGUUGGACACCCUUGGCCUCACCUCCCAAACUUCUGGGUGCCUCAGUCACGCUGUGCAGAGUUUCCUGCUGGCUGUCUUCCAGCCCAAUUGGUUUUCUCUCAGUCGCUGGGGAAUCAAGCUUUCAUAUCUGUUGUUGAAGCCCUCUAAUUAGUAAAAGGCCUUGAAGAGGUGUGGCCACUUGCUGGCUCGCCUCCCACAAUCCUGGACCAGGGCUGUAGAUGUUAGCACGGCUAUACCAUACGUGUGAAGAGAUGACAAGCAGGUCCAUGGGAAAGAACUGGACACCUGAACACCUGGAUAUUUGGUGACAACUGUGGCAUC